AUGGGUCUUUCAUUAGAUUCAGGCGGGCAUUUAACUCAUGGACACUUUUUAUCUUUUUCAGGACAUUUUUAUAAACCAGUUUUUUAUCAUUUAAAUCAAGAUGGCUUACUAGAUUAUCAAGAAAUUGAACAAAUUGCCUUAAGAGAAAAACCAAAAGCCAUAAUUUGUGGUUAUUCAGCAUAUUCAAAAACAAUUGAUUUUAAAAAAUUUAGAGAAAUUGCUGACAAAGUUGGAGCUUAUUUGAUAGCAGAUAUAGCUCAUAUUGCUGGUUUAAUUGCGACAAAUAAUUAUCCAACUCCGGUUGGUUAUGCUCAUAUUAUUACUUCGACAACACACAAAACUUUGAGAGGACCUCGUGGUGGGAUCAUUAUGACUAAUGAUGACGAAUUAGCUCCUAAAAUUGAUAAAGCUGUCUUUCCUGGGCAACAAGGUGGGCCAUUGAUGCAUAUCAUUGCGGCUAAGGCUCAAGCUUUUGGUGAAGUUCUAACAGAUCAAUUUAAAACUUAUUGUAGCCAAAUUAUUAAAAAUGCAAAAGCCUUUGCAAAAGUCUUUAUUGAUAAUGAUGUUGAAAAACAAAAAGUAGAUCAAGCGCCUGGUUUUUUAAUCAUUUUUGCAGAAGGAGUUGUAAAUUUUAUUGAUAAUCUUUAUGAUGAAGCAACUGAAUCAAAAUUAAGGAUCGUAGCAACUAUUCAUACAAGUUAUAAAUUAAGUGAUAAGCAAAUUAAAGAUAUUGAAGCUAAGUUAAAAAAAGAUUAUAACUGCACUAUAGAAAUAGUGGAAAAAAUAGACGAUUCUUUGUUGGGAGGAAUCAAAAUAUUUAUUGAUAACCAAAUAAUAGAUUAUUCAGUUAAUAAACAAUUAGAAGAUAUCAAAGAUUAUUUAAUAAAGGAGUUUGAUGAGUAA